AUGGGGAAAAUUCCCAAAAGGCAAACUUUGACUGCGAGAUCCAGAGAGUUGAGCAAGAGAGGUGGGCCUAGUGGAGUAGAGAACAGGGAGUAUAGAUCUCAGCAUGAUAAUGCUGAUACCACGGUUAUAGCUCCUCGUGAUUACAUCUCUAAUUUCCUCAUAACUCAUUUUCUGCCUUUUCAGGAUAAUCGCGAAACACAAAUAUCAUUGUCAAAUGACGACAUCCUGGGUGAUGCAGUCCCACAAGAUCAGCAAGAUGAUUUGCGACAGUUCUGUUAUCAAGCACUGAAAAUGACCCCAAGGGGCAGAGGCACACAUUUUCCUGGCUCACAUCCAGUCUCUCUUAACAGGGACAACUUGCAAUUAUUAAGGCAGCGCUACUACUAUGCUACAUGGAAGGCUGAUGGGACACGGUAUAUGAUGCUGAUCACGAUGGGUGGUUGUUUCUUAAUUGAUAGACAUUUCAACUUCCGAAGGGUUCAAAUGAGAUUUCCGUGCACACACACUGAUGAAGGUGUAGCCAAAAGGGUCCACCACUUCACUUUACUUGACGGAGAGAUGGUAAUUGAUACUUUGCCUGGCACACAGAAGCAAGAAAGGAGAUACCUAAUUUAUGAUAUGAUGGCCCUCAACGGUGUGUCUAUCGUAGAGCAACCCUUUUGUGAACGCUGGAGAAUGAUUGACAAAGAAGUGAUCGGGCCAAGGAAUCAUGAACGCCAACAUAUAUGCCAGAGUGGAAACCCUUACUAUAGAUAUGAGUGUGAGCCUUUCAGGAUGAGGAGGAAGAAUUUUUGGCUGCUCUCUACUGUCAGAAAAGUUCUCAAAGAACUUAUUCCAGAGCUUUCACAUGAAGCAGAUGGUCUUAUUUUUCAGGGUUGGCUAGAUCCUUAUGUUCCUCUCACGCAUCAUGGUCUGUUGAAGUGGAAAUACCCCGAGAUGAACUCGGUUGACUUCCUGUUUGAGGUGGUUGACGGUCGUGAAUUGCUUUAUCUACAUGAACGAGGGAAGAAGAAACUGAUGGAAGGGAAUAGAGUCGUUUUCCCAGAUAGUUCUGACCCGUCAGAUUACUUGGGUAAAAUAAUAGAGUGUUCUUGGGAUUCCAAUAACCAAGAAUGGGUGUGGAUGAGGACCAGAAUUGAUAAAGGAACUCCAAAUGAUUACAACACGUACAGGAAGGUUUUGAGAAGUAUUACUGACAACAUCACUGAAGAAGUGUUGUUGAAUGAGAUCUCUGAGAUCAUUCUACUGCCAAUUUAUGUGGAAGGGAUACAGAAUGAUAGCAAAGCUCACCAUCACUCUGGCUUAGUACGACGCAGAUGAAUGAAUUUGAUUAAGUAGAUGGCAUUAUUAUUGGAGGAAGCUAGUGAUCGGAUUAACUAUUCAUUGAAAUCGCCACUUGCCUUCUGAACUUUGCCGUGUUCAUGUUUCUCAACAAAAGGGUCUUUAUGAAGCAUCCUUAGUCCGUAGGCGUGUACUGUGUACUAACUGGUUAUAUUAUAUGAUCCAGUUGGGACACUGUAACUUAGCUAGUUGACUCGGGUCUCUGAGUCUUUAGUUCUUCCUCAUUAUGGUUUGACAUAUCGAGGGAAUUAGCAAUAUGUAUAUUAGUUGUUUAAGUUAUUCUCCAUUUUUUUUCUUUCUGGUCACUGUUUAGUUGUCUAAGGUAGGCUCUCUCUAGUAUUAGCGAAACUUCAAGCUUUAUGCUAUCUAUUCCCUUGUGAAUAUGAGUCUGUUGUACAAGUAAUUUUUAAUUAUCAUUUGUUCCCUGCGCAUAGCGGGAGCUUAGUGCGCCGGGUUGCCCUUC